AUGUCUUACAACGACGGGAAGCAGCUGCUGGUGUUUGGGCUCAGCUAUGGCCAGCACGACAACCGCAGGAUGCAGCAGCUCCUCCGACACUACGGAAGGCUCCCCGACAACCCAGGCGAUAGAGCCAACCUGUUUAUCCAGCUCAACAACCUUGCCAACGAGCUGAUGGCCUACGAGGCUGCACAGGGCGAGAUCGCACAGCUGACGGAGUGGAUGACAAAAGGUGGCGACUUUCCCUUGGGUGGUGCACCACCACCACCACCACCACCACCAGCUCAAGGCACUGGCACAGGGACUGGCACUGUUUCACCAUAUACACCCACUCGCCAAGGUUUUGCCCUCGACGGCAGCAGUCCACCCUUCUUCCCCAGACCUCGUCAUUAUGGCCCAGGUCAAACCCUUGGUGGACAACAACCCCCUUCGACCCAGGCAAGACUACCUGCCGCCCCAUAUGCAACAACUCCUAUGAUGCAUGGAAUUCCUGUGAUACAUGGAACUCCUGGCCCAUAUGGACACCCUCGAAUUCCUGGCCCAUAUGGACUCCCUCCUCAACAUGUACUCCCUCCCCAACAUGUACUUCCUCCGCAACAUGAACUUGUUACCACAUCCGGGAACCCUUUCACAGACUCUUUUGCUAUUCUGGGGUGGCCAACUGUGUUUUAUGGACCUGGUCACACCGUGAAUUACCCUCAGGAUGACUCCAGCCCGUUUGCUUCUGUCGAUGAGGUCGGCGCCUUUCGACCACCUGAUGCUGGCCCAGAAAUCGAGUGCGCCAUCUGCCUCGAGCACUAUCCUAUAUCCAAGUUUCCAAGCGACCUUAGCAUUACUGAUCGCUGCGAUCACCCUGAAACGGCCUGUCUGGACUGUCUCAACUCGUCCAUCAAAGCCAGCCUCGAACGUAGAGGCCUUCAUUUUAUCACCUGCCCCUUCUGCGACCUGAAACUUGGCCCAUGGCACAUCAGGGAGUACGCCAGCCCUGAAGUCUACAAGCGAUACAAAUACCUGGAGGAGCAGUCCGAGAUCCCACGCCACUACAUCUCCUGCACAAAUCCCGCGUGCGGCGAGAGUCAGCCACAUGAGAGCGAUGACCCCAUGAUGAUCUGCAGUCGCUGCGACUUUGCCACCUGCGCAAACCACCGGCGCCCCUGGCACAAGGGCCGGACCUGCAAGGAGUUUGACCAGGAAGAUGCGCAGGUCGAACGCCUGGAGGAGGAGGAAGCCACAGCGAGACUGCUAUCCAGCGAGUCUGUUGGGAUCUGCCCCAAGUGCGGCCAGGGUGUGACCAAGUCGGACGGGUGUGAUCACAUGGUAUGCGAGUGUGGGAAAGAGUGGUGCUACGUUUGCUCCUGCGAGUACGAAUACAUAAUGCGCAUGGGCAGCUUUGCACACAGGACGUUCUGCACCCACCACCCCAACAGGUUCGACAUCACCAAGGAGCAGCAGGAGGAGCAGCAGGAGGCCGCAAGCAACCGCAUCAUGGGCCUCGUCCACGGCGGGGAGAUCAGCGCCGAGCUCACCCAGGCACGCGAGGCCCUGCGCCGCCGCCGUAACGAGAAGAUGCGUGCCAAGGCUGCCGAGGCCGUCGAGGCUAGGAGGCGGGUCCAGGAGGAGGAGGAGGAGGAGGCAGAUGGCGACGCGGCUAGACCUAAGGAGAAGAAGAGCCGCAAGGUGAAGCUUGUUGCAGCCUGGGAGGAGGGUGGCCGGAACAAGAAGGCUUUCCGAUAA